AUGUCGACCGCAUUAUCCCACGAUGAGGUGCUUCAGUACACCAGUAUGAUCGACCACAUCCUCAAAACCUCCGAUCUCGACACUGUCUCUAGAAAGAAGGUUCGGAAGGGGCUGGAGCGACAGCUUGGAAGGGACCUCAGCGAGCAGAAGGAUGCGAUCAAGGUCUUGAUCGAACAGCGCUUCGACGCCAUCGCCGACACCCUACCCACCCCUCCGCCCCACAGCAACGGCGCAGAUGCUACAGAUGAUGGCUUCAACGGUGUUAAGCACGAAGACGACGAGCCUGAUGCCUAUGGCGACGAUGAUGUGUCGCAGGAGAUCCAGGUCUCCACUUUUCCGAGCAAGAAGCGGAGCUCUUCUAUGGUUGAAGAUGAGGACGCCCGCCUCGCGCGCGAACUUCAGGCACAAGAGAAUCAGCUGGCGCGCGGCCGUCAGACGAGGGGUGGCCACAGCACACCCAAACCCAAGCCCAAGCAGAAGCAGAAGAAGAAGAGUUCCACCAAGGUGAAGGCUGGCGAUGAUAGCGAUGUCGACACCGAGGACUCUGCCACCCCCAAGAAGCGCAAGGCUGGCGGCGGUUUUCAGAAGGAAUUCAACCUGAGUUACGCGCUCUCUGAACUCGUGGGCAUGGAGCGGCUAUCUCGACCACAGGUCGUCAAGAAGCUGUGGGAGCACAUCAAGGCCAACGACCUGCAGGAGCCAACUGACAAGCGCCAGAUACGAUGUGAUGAGCGCAUGCAGGCCGUCUUCAAGCAGAGCAGCGUCAACAUGUUCCAGAUGAACAAGCUCAUCGGAAAUCACCUCUACCCGAUCGAAGAGUAGACUGCAUACUGCUUGGGAAUGCUUGCUGCAUGGCACUAACCCCCUCCCCCGCGGGCCCCUCUCUCGAAAGAGUCUCAAACAUAUACGACGUAACUUGAGCACAGUCCCGGCUUUAUGGAUGGGCGUAAUAGGAAACAGGACAGCAUCCGCUCAGUUUAAUUCCCCUUUCACCACAAUCACGGCUCGGUUGUACUGCGUUGAUUUUUGGCUGGCGUUCUUGAGUUGACGACUUGAACGAAUUGCAUACAAAGGCCGUGUGGUGAGAUACAGUUGGCCUCGAAGAUUAAAUGAGCUAGCUCCUCCAAGUCUGAGCCAACUUCUCUACUUAGUCACGGUGACGGCUUUGUGGGAUUAUCAGGCCACACGGCGGCGGGAAAAUACAUUGGGCGAGAUCAAGGGCUUAAUAUCUUCGCUUUCUUUUUUUGACAGACAGGAGGGCUUGGUGGCCUCCUCACAGCAUGACGGAUCCGGUGGUUCUGUACUAUGCAGGGGAUUGAUUAUUCUGUCCCGAGUUCCUCUGUUUUUUCUUUUUGUUCUUUGGGACGGGCCUCAAGGCCAUGGAAUGAAUGGGGAUCGACUCGGCAUUGGGUGGAUGUACAGUACACUACGUAGCUUCACCAGCUGGGGGACAAAAAACACAAAUAACUCGCCAAUUUGGAAGGAACCAGAUUGGAACGGGUCUAUUUACGA